CACAGUAGUUUGUGCGCGUCCAUUGCGGUAGACACAUCUCCACACGAUAAUCCAUAUAUUUUUGCCACACCAAUUCACGAUAAAUAUCAAUUCUUUUUUCUCUUCUCACACACCUCCGAGAGGGCAAAAGAGGGUGAACCAGAGGACAAAAUCAGUGGGAUUGGCUUUGGCAAAAUCCUGACAGUUAAAAAAGAAAACGGAUAUUUGUGCAGUUCCACCCCAAAGUUCAUCACACCUCCAUUAUAUAUAGUUCUUUUUUUUUUAAAUUUCAUUUAUCUGGUGAACUUCCACAGUGGAUUUUUUGGGUUAUCUUCAGUUUUCCUCUUUUUUUUUCCUUCUGACGAAAGAAAAGGUUGUUUUCCCAAAAAGGGAUAGAGAGAGAGAGAGCCUUUUCUGGGCCAUUUGGACUUGAGCACCAACAGUACAGUUUUGCCGAACGAAGAACACCGAAGAAGAAGAGUUGAGUGUCGAACUGAGGCGAGGCACAUAGGAUUUUCCACCAAAUAAAAAAAUAAAACAUAGAGAGAAGAAUUGGAAUUAUCCUCUGCAGUGGAUUCCCGUGUUGGAUUUGCAAACGGGAACACUGAGGGUGAGGCGGAGGCGGAGGUGGAGGACAUCCAGGACAGCCGACAGACGAGAUGCCGUCACCCAGAAUACUCACACAAACCAGCAGCCCAUGAUAGAUUAAUUUGUGUGAGAACGCGUGUGCAAAGCGGCGGACAUUGUGUGUGAACGGGGGGCACAAUGGGGCCACCCAGAGACGCCCCAAGUGACGGUGGUGGUGACAGGCCACGGACAUCGGUGCUCCUUGUUCUCAAAAUUAUCGUGGGACUCGUGGCUGCCAUCCUGUUCCUACCAUCGCGGACCCUAGCUGACCACCAACACCUCCACAGCCACCACAUCGAGUUCGACCCAGAAAAUGCCACCGCCACCAUCAUUCUCACAAACGGAUCCUCACCCAAUGGUACCAAUAAUGAAACGCACAAGGAUCCCCUCUUUCCUGAAGACCUCUUCACAAUAGAGCAACGUCGAAAUGGUGCUGUUAUCUUUCACAUAAUUGGUGUCAUCUACAUGUUUGUCGCUCUCGCGAUAGUCUGCGACGAGUUCUUUGUGCCUUCUCUGGAUGUCAUCAUCGAAAAAUUGGGCAUUGCCGAUGAUGUAGCCGGGGCUACAUUCAUGGCGGCCGGUGGUAGUGCUCCGGAACUGUUCACCAGUGUCAUUGGUGUCUUUGUGUCAUUCGAUGAUGUGGGUAUCGGUACAAUUGUCGGUAGUGCGGUGUUCAACAUAUUAUUCGUAAUCGGCAUGUGUGCAUUAUUCUCAAAGACGAUACUAACCCUAACAUGGUGGCCCCUCUUCCGCGAUUGCACCUUCUACAGUGCCAGUCUUCUCAUUCUCAUAUGUUUUUUUCGUGAUAACCUCAUUGAGUGGUGGGAGGCGCUCAUCCUAUUCCUCAUCUAUGCAGCCUAUGUCAGCUUCAUGAAGUGGAACCAGCAGGUGGAGCGGUGCGUGAAAAAAGUUAUCUACAAGAACAAGGUGACCAGAGUACGAAGCACUGAUCAACUAAUGCCUGCAAAUAAUCAGACAUUUGAACUGCAGGGCAAUGCGGCCAAUUCAUCUGAAACGUCAAUGGCAACCCAGCCUGGAGGUUCAGUUACUUCUAGGGCUGCGUCCGAAAGUCGAUCUGGGCCACCUGGAUCGAGUAGCGGAGCCACUGGCACCAGUGCUGGCACGAGUACAGUGACAGGCGCCAAAUUCCGCCACGGACUGUUGCAAUUGAUGAUACACACCAUUGAUCCACUUCAUGAUGGCAAAGUGGAUGAAAAAGCGACACAAUUGCAUGCCAUUGCCUCCCUCAAAGUGCUUCUGGACGCCACGAAACCACAAAGAGGAGCUGCCACCUCCACAGCCGCAAAUCACGUUAAGAUUAACCUAAAAGAAACGACAUUAGCUAGCGAUCGUCCUAAUGGAAAUAUAGAUACGCGACUCGAUUCGGGUUAUCUAUUACAACAGGGAAAUGAGAUUGAGGAGGAGCCAGAGGCGCUUAGUAUGUCGUGGCCUAGUACAUGGAAAAAGCGGAUAACAUAUUUGCUGGUGGCCCCCAUCCUCUUUCCACUAUGGCUCACGCUACCCGACACGAGAACACCACGAGGGAAGAAGUUCUUUUCCAUAACCUUUAUCGGCUCAAUUCUUUGGAUUGCUGCCUAUUCUUACUUGAUGGUGUGGUGGGCCAAUGUCGCCGGUGACACUGCCCGUAUUCCACCAGAGGUGAUGGGACUGACCUUCUUGGCUGCUGGUACCUCAAUUCCGGAUCUCAUCACUUCGGUGAUUGUAGCCAGAAAGGGAUUCGGAGACAUGGCAGUCUCUAGUUCCGUGGGUAGCAACAUAUUCGACGUCACGGUUGGAUUGCCAGUACCGUGGCUGCUGUAUGGGAUAAUUUAUGGACAGCCGGUCACAGUGAAUUCAGUCGGAAUGGUUUGUUCAAUUACGAUUUUAUUUAUGAUGUUAUUAUUUGUCAUCCUGUCGAUUGCCUGUUUCCGCUGGCGAAUGAACAAAGGUCUCGGCCUAACCAUGUUCUUGCUAUACUUUGUCUUCGUUGCCGUAUCACUUAUGUUUGAAUAUGAUGUUAUGGAAUGUCCUGUCUAAGUUUAAUCUCAACCGAUAAAGCUCUCUGCCUCCCAGACUCCAAAAGAAAAAAAUUAACUCAUGUCUGCAAGAAGUACUACAAUAAAAUCGAUUGUGUAACAAUAAAGAACAUUCUCCCAGCAAAAGCAUCAUGAGUGAUUGCAAAGAGAGUGACCCAGAAAGGACUUAGCAAAAGAAAAACUCUUAAAUAGUUCUUGAGCGAAAAAUGUUACUUCUACCCAAGAAAACAACAUUCUUAUAGUGUUCUAACAAACGACAUUUUACACCGUCAACAAGGGAGAAAAAUUUCCGCGUGUAACCGUAUAAAAGAAUAUAUUAGAAAAUUGUUUUAUAAUGCCAUAGAGAAGAAAACAAUCGCAUUGAAUCUCAUUCGAAAUAUGUAAGAAAAUUCCUUUUGUCCGGAGCUGAGAACGCUGAAUGACGUAUAGAACAAUAUAAAUUGCAUACAAAAUCAGCUUCAAAUUUUAUUCCAAAACACAUGAGAAAAAAACACGUGAAAAAUAAGAAAAAAUACUGGCAAAAAUUAUUGUAUAUCAUACAUAAUGCUACAACAAAAACGUUUCCAUUCAAUAAGAAGAAAAAAAAAACAAAAAUAAUUUAGUGAACAAAGAACUAUUUAUAUAAAGUCAUAUUGUCAACCUAAAAAAAAGUGAAAGACAAGACAAAAGAAAACGUAGUCGAAUUAGCAAAAAAAGAUUUUCUUAUUAAAAUAAAAGACAAAAAAAAGUUAAAUUAUUGAAUUCCACCAUUCUUCGAAAUAUUCUUCCUCUUAUUCUCUAUAUAAAAAAAUAUUCUAUAUUAUAUUAAAAAAAAACAAUGAAAAAAAGAGAAAACUAUACUUUAAAAGAUGAGAAAAAUAUUCUUAACUUAUUGAAACACAAAUUGAGACACUAUAGCGGCACUUUACUUGUGAUUUACUAACUUGUCUCUAUUACAAAACAUAUUUCAUAAGGUAAAAAAAAACAUUAUAAGAGAGAGAAAAAGAGAGUGAGAGAGAGAAAAUGGAUAGAAAAAUGAGAAUGUAUCAAUUUUAUAUUUUAUCAUUGAUUAAUAUUUCAGGAGCAGUAAAUGAGGAAAAUUCUCUAUUAUUCAUUUUAUUUCCAUCAUAUACUUCAAUUUGUUAUUAUCCCUUCGAAUGCUACUUGCAGCUUGUGAUCGAAAUAACAGUGGGUGGCAAAAAUGUUAGAUUGAACCCUUUUCUUAUAUCCCAUUAGUAGCUUGACAGAUGAUGUAUUCAGCGUAUUAAAGACAUUUAAUUGAUUUCUGAUGUUCGAAAUAUUAUAUGGUUGUACAUAAAAUUAAUCUUUGACAUUUUUAUUUAUAUUUUUCUCAAAUAAAUGGUGGAAACACAUUAACAUAGAAUUUCCUUAUGUAAUGAAAAAGCUGACAUAAACGUCAUUAAUGUCAAAAUAGGCGCCUAAAAAUUUGACAGAACAUAAAUAACCUCACUUUUCAGUGACGACUCAACCUGGCACAGAAAAUGCUCUGCAAACGAAUAUUCAAAUAAUAACAAUAAUUAUUCCCAAUUAUUUUCCAUUAAAUUAUUUCUAAAGAGCUAUGAAAAAUUAAACAAAUUUUAGUGUACAUUUGGUUAGCACUAGAUUCUCACCAACAACGUUUAACCCUUUAAGAACUACGAAUGGGACACCGGUAUCCCAAAAAUGAAAACUAAUUUUUCGGGCUACAUAAAGGACAAAAUAACUUUCUAUAGUCGAGAAAUUUAUUUUUGUUUUUGGGACACCGGUGUCCUACUCGUCCUUAAAGUGUUAAACCUCUUGUUGGUAUUUCAAUUGACAUCAUAGAUGUCUGUCUGAGCAACGCCGAUUUCUCCUAAGAGUGUUUUUAGUGUUAGCCUGUGAGUUACCCCUUCGGGAGGAGUCAUCGUGGAGAGGAUUAGCAUUGAGUGCUAUAGAUCGUUAGGAGGAACUCUGAGGAUUCAGGAGAAACGUCUGGCGGCCAAGGUGCUUAUCCACGCGAUUCCCUUUAGUGCUCCGUCCUCACAGUUGCCCUGACGGAUCUAGCAAUUCUUUCUUCCUUUGGAGUUAUUUUCCGCAAUAUCCUCAGGAUUACUUAUGUAACAUAGUUUAAAUUGUACGUGUAUUCCUGCAACUGAAGAUCUGUGUUAACAUGGAUCAUGAAAGCCCAUACAAUAAUAUUUUUAAGUUAACGUAUAAGUUCUUUCGUGAUUUAUUUCGAAUUUAUUUAUUGAAUUUAUUUGAUUAUUUCGUGAUUAAAAUGCAUUUUAAUCUAUAUACUUUUUGUGAUAGUUUUCCAUAUAAGUGGGGUUAUGUCAUGUUAACCUGACAUUUUUCUGAUUUUGAUGGGAUUAUUCAAUUGAAUAACCAACCAAAAGACACUUCACUGUGUCCACAGAUCCAAAUUAUUUGGUAAAAAGCUCUAAAACAGCAGAAUUUUAAAGUUUAUAAAUUGAUAUUUCUUUCACUUGCCGUUUAGGACAUAGAUCUACGUAUCUACACUGAGAAAAAGAUGGUGCGAUUAACAUUUUUUCCUCUGAAAUUUAACACUUUUUGGGUGUAAAAAUAUAUCAACAUUAUUUAAUGUUAAUUUUACAUCUUUUUAAGGGUAAAAUUAACAUGAAAAAGGGUACCUUUAACCCUAAUACACCUAAAAAGGAUAAUAUUUACACCGAUUUUGGAUCAAUACUUCAGGGUGAAAUUAACAUUUCCGGAAUGUUAUUUUAACUUUUUUGGAUUUCUCUCAGUGUAUACGACUUGGAUGAAUAUCGUCAGAAGAAAAUAAUAAUGUUUUUCGAUUUAUAUCUUUCGUCGUCACUAGACGGAAAAAAAUAACUUUAUCACCUUUGAUUUAAAAGUCAGAUUGAAGUCUAGACAAUGUAUCGGUCAACAUAAGGUAAAACAGUUUAAUUCAGAAUCUGAUCAAAUUGAAAUUUUGUUUAUUAAAAUCUCAGCUAACUUAUCAUUGUGAAUGGACUACCAAGUCGUAAUGUAUUUAUUAAAGAAAAAUUCUGUAUUCUGUAUUAAUACUCCAAGUUGUAUUUUGGUUUGAAAUAAGAAAUAAAAGAACAAAAAAUUUCAUAACAACAUCCAUUAGUGGCCUUUCAUACUGUAUUAAAAGUUUUACAUUUAAUAUAAUGUUGUGUUUCUGACACAAAUCGAUAGCAAUCGGCUAUUCAUUACAUAACUUUCUGAAUAUCUCAGUGAAAGAUUAUGAAAAUCUCUAAUAGUUCCAUCGACAUUAGAGUUAGCGACUGACAGUACAUUAAGGACGUGAAAAUAUUUUUCUCUCCGAUAAAAAAUGAUAAAUCUAGCGGAUUUCUGAUAGACAUAUCGAUCGACAUGAUUUAUAGUGUUUCCUUCCCAUGUUAAUGUGUUUCCAUGUUAAGCAAUUCAAAGAUAAAGCAUUAAGUCUCAAGUAGAUGACUAAUAUUUAGGUCUAUCAAAUGUUUCGACUCAUCAAAUAUUGUUUUUUGUACUGAAAUUGGAUGAGACUGAAAGUUUUUAACAGAAAAAGCUCAACAAUGUUGAUCUUCUAUGCCAUAAACUGAAAACAUUUUAUAGCAAGUGAGAUAAGCACCAUUUGCGGAUAAUCCACAAAGUAUUAUGUAAGAUCCUUAUUUUCUUGAUGAGAAAAGAUUUUCGGUAUAUUCAAAAUCUCCUUGCUAUUAUAUAAAAACAGUAAUUACUAAUAAUUGUCGCGUUUGCAGAGAUUCUAAACUACGAAAAGAUCAUUGGACUACUGAUGAAGAUGAUUGAUCUGCUCAAAUUUCGAACAAGGUCUAUUCAGAUAGCUGAUUGGAUUACUAUAAAAUUUAAGACUUCCUUAGAGAUUUUCUCUAACUAAGAUAUUUCCAAGUUGAUGUUUUCUGUUGACGCUGACACUUUCUGAAAUAUAGGAUCUAAGUAUGGGCUCUUGCAGUAUAACGACAUGAGAGUUUAUCCGGAAAGAUUUUUUAUAAUUACUUUUGAAUACAUAAUCAAAGAGAGGUGGAAAGAUUCGUGGCCUAGGCCUAGGUCUUCAUGGCCUAGACACACUUAGGACUUAACCGAGAGAAGGCUUAACGUAAUUAUAAUCUUUCUUUAUUUAUUUAUUAAAAAAAUGCUUUUGAGCAGGUGCUCUUGAAAGCAAAAACAUACAUGUAUUUAUAAAAACAUAAAGAUUAGAAAGAUUUGUCAGAAAGAAAAGUUUGCGUCCACCGCCGUCUCAGCAUUGAUUACUAAUCUCCAGAGCCAAACGAUGGAAAUGCUCUAAUCAGAAUAAUGAUCACAUUACAUUUCUGUGAGUUUAUAACUAAUCCGUCUCCCGGCUUACGCCGAGAAAUAUUUCUGACAUUAUUGACGAUUAAAGUGUCACCGUGGUGUCACAUAUAAGAUUAAUACUAAGAGUAAGGACAAACAGAAAGUGAGGUGUAUAGUAUUCAAAAUUUCAAUUGGAAAAAAAUCUGUGUUAGAAAGAGUGAACUCUAGUUGAAUAAUACUAUGAGCAAAAUAUUACUGUUUUUAUUAAUUGUUUUCUGAACCAUAUUAUUCUAUGCAUCCCAACUGUGAUUCGGUCAAUUUUCGAGCGAUUGCAUGGUUGCCAACUUUGUACGGGAAAAUACGAGAAAGACAAGAUAAAGCAAUUGCUAUCUUUUUCGCCAUUCUCGCAGUUUAGAAAGUAUUAAUCUUACAUAUGACACCACGGUCAAGAAUGCCGAAAUUCGAAUUGGCAGAACAAACAGCGCUAAAAUGGUGAGAACGUGAAUUUGCACUAGGCUUCCGGAAGAUUUUCGAAUAGAUUUGGCUUGACUUUAGAGUGGCUUUGUCUUUUCUAAAGGUUAUUACUGAUCGGAACCAUUGAAUAUUUAAAAAGAAACUGAGUUUAGAUAAUAAAAGCUGCAAAAUACUUAAUGACGUCGUAAUAUAAAAUUCUUUAAUAUUGCAUUUACAUCAAAUAUUUGACAGGCCUAAAUACUUUAGUCAUUAGCUUGAGUAAAUAAAUAUUUACUUACAAAAAUAUUUCGUGCUAUCACAUUUUCUGAUUGGCUAGAACCUUGUCUGCCUUCAAUCUUUAGCCAAUCAGAGUACACGAUGAGAGUGAAUAUUCUAUUAGGUCAAAUAUUUAUUUACAUCUGAAUCAUGCUUAAAGUUAGCAGUUUAUCAUUCAAGCCUUCAAUAAAAAUUGAACUAAUAGAUUUUUUUUACCGUCAAUAUCAUUUUUGUCACUCACUGUACCCCUUGUGGACUGAUAAAUAUCUUCUCCACUUCUUAUCCAUACACGUUUGGUGAAAAAUGGGGAACUUUACGUUAUUUAAAAUGUAUAGCGCCAAGUUAAAUGCUAGAAAGAUUUUUUUUGAUAAGAAUAUAUCCUCUCCAUAGAAUGUCUUAUCAGCCGUUAUUCAAUUUGUAAUAGAUAAACAUCGGUGAAAAGCGCAAUAGAAGAUGGAGAGAUGAGUAAAUAUAAAGUACAAAUAAAUUUUUGCUUCAAUUUAUUUUAAAGUGUCAUAUUUAGCAUUUGAAAAGAAAUUUGAAAAAAAUACGACGAGCUUUGUUUGGCUUGAAGACGAAGAAAAAAAUUGCAAUUUAUUUGAAGCAUUGUAUUGCAUGUUGCUUAUUUUUCUCCAGAUAGAGAGAAAAUUUUAUUAAUUGAAAAUGGAACAAAUGCGAUUUCUUCGAAACUGUUAAUUGAGUCUUCAACUUGGAUCAUUCUCUCUGAUUGAACAAAAAAAAAAAGUGCAAUAAAAAUAUAGUGAAAAAAAAUCUAUACUAUUUAUCGAGAAAUUCCCUCAGUUUUCUUAUUAAAUCUACUAAAUUUUUCUUCGAUAUUAAUACCUUUCUUCAUCUCAUGUACUCUACAAUUCAAUUCCUCUUCCCACCCCAAAUCUUAUCUUGAACUUCUAUCAUAAAGAAACUCUCGAAUGUAUGUUGAAAAAAAAAUCGUAAAAUUCUCUUUUAAAGUCCAUUCAAUUAAACAAAAAAUAAAUCAAGAUGGGAAAUUAUAGUGAAAAAAAACAAAUUUGAAUAUUGAGUGAUUUUUAAUAAAAAGAAAUUAUUUGUGAAGGACAUUUUUCACGAUAUUGGAUAAUGAGGUUUAAAAAAAAAACAAAAUGCUAUUAAGAGAUGAGAAAAAAAUAAAAUUCCAAAGCAAUAAGCAAUAUUUGUAGAUGUUACUGAUUACAGAGAGAACAAGUUCGUAAUUUUUCAAAUUCAUUUAACUCAUAUUAGUAAUGCAAAAAAGAAAAAAAAAUUAAGUAAAACUGAAGCGAAUGAAGUUAAAAAUUGCAUUGAAGUACUGUAAAUAUUGAAGAUUGUAUAGUUAAAUGUUUAACUUUGGUAUUUAAUAAACAAAACAACAAAAAAAAAGAGAUGAUGAGAAAUCUUGUAACCCCGAAGAUACACUGUUUUAUGAAAUAUAUAUUAUAUUAUAGAAGUGAACAAUUAUUAUAACUCGUUGCGAUCAUUUUCAUAUUUCAUCACAAAAACAACAGCUCUCAUUAAUUUUUCAAAAUACUCAGAAUUUUGCCACUAAUAUACAAAAAAAAUGAAAAA